CCACUCCUCUUUCCUUUCUUUCUCUCUCUCUUUCUCUUUGGAUCACAGCAGCUGAGUAUUGAUAGAUCUUAGCAGAGCUAUGGCCGCUACUCUCUUCUCUCAUAUGAAGUACGGAGAUGGACUCACUGUUGUUGGAAUCUCAAUCUGCACAGCUGUGAUCUGCGAAGCCAUCUCAUGGCUCCUCAUCUACCGUACCAACUCCUACAAAUCUCUCAAAUCCUCCAUCGACAAGGCCUCCAAGAAGCUCGAGACCAUGAAAACCGACUCCACUCCCUCCUCAAAACUCAAUCUCAAGAAAUCCAAAACCAAGAAGAUCGAUCGCGUCGAGUCCACUAUCAAGGAAUCCAGCCGCGAUCUAUCUCUCUUCAAGUUCAAGUCCGGCGCCGUCGUUGCCCUAGUCCUCUUCGUCGUCUUCGGACUCCUCAAUUCCCUUUUGGAAGGCAAGACCGUAGCUAAAUUGCCAUUCAUUCCCAUCAGACUCGUCCAGAAGAUGAGCCACAGAGGAUUGCAAGGAGAAGAUAUGACCGAUUGUUCCAUGCCUUUCUUGUACUUUCUAUGUUCCAUUAGUAUUCGUACUAAUUUGCAGAAGUUCUUAGGAUUCUCCCCGCCCCGUGGAGCUGCUGGAUCUGGACUUUUCCCCAUGCCUGAUCAGAAAACCAAUUAAUGCUUUUACCCCCCCCCCCCCCCCCAUCUUUUUAUUGUUUCUUCCACUUUGUUUUCCCAAUAACACUCUUUAUCUAUUAUGCCAAUUUGCUUCUUUCUUUCUUA